CUAUGGGUUCCCCUUUGUCACCCAUAGGGGCGGAUAUCGUGAUGCAAGACCUGGAGGUUAGAGCGCUCGGAAGCUUGAAGUUUGCUCCUUCUUUUUAUAAGAGAUACGUGGACGAUAUUGCAAUGGCAGUGCCUCUUAAUGAAUGCACUCACGUAUUAGAAACAUUCAACUCAUUUCACCCCAGAUUGCAAUUUACUAUGGAGAUCGGUGUGGGUGGCAAAUUGAACUUCCUAGAGGUCACCAUGUUUCACAUAGGCGAGCAUUUGCAAUUUGACUGGUUCCACAAACCCACUUUUUCCGGAAGAUAUUUAAAUUUCCUAUCUCAACAUCCACUCUGUCAGAAAAAGGGCACGGUCAUCGGUUUGAUCGAUCGAGUAUUUAAGCUGUCGCACCCGAGAUUUCAUCAAAAAAACAUAAGAUUUUUGAUCCAAAUUCUGAUAAAUAAUUGUUAUCCGUUGGAAUUUAUUUUUGGGACGAUACAUGAGCGCUUGAGAUUUUUACUUAAUGAUAGACACGUUACGAACGAUGAGAGCAUUGAUAAAGUUCCAUAUUUCACGAUACCAUAUGUUCCUGGGUUGUCUGAGAAAUAUAAAAAUUUAACCAAGGGUCUUAAUAUAAAGCUCUCGUAUUUCAGUCUCAAUAAAUUGAACAGACUUAUCAGAGGUCACAAGGAUACUCUCCCUGGAUUAUCGCAUAGGAAUGUCGUAUAUAGAAUUAAUUGUAAUGAUUGUGAGGCUUCCUAUGUCGGUCAAACAGGGAGACAACUUUUAACGAGAGUUAAAGAACAUAACUCGCAUAUCAGAAGGAGUGGUGCGGGCCAUUCGGUCUUAACAGACCACAGAUUGCAGUAUAACCAUGACUUUAACUGGAAAGACGUGGAAAUAUUAGACCGAGAACCGUCCCUUAGUAAACGCUUAAUAUCAGAAAUGAUUUACAUAAAAAGGCAAAGAGAAGGUUUAAAUUUGCAGACGGAUACAGAAGAUAUACCAGAGAUAUAUAUUAGUGCUAUCGAGGGACUUGUUAAAGUUUAGAAUUAUUGUUGUUACGCGGACUUGUUUUAUAUUAUGCGUGACCUUUCCCCCCGCUUCUUUAUACCGUCGAUAUCUUGUAUAAGACAAGCGUGCCAUUCUCUGUGUGAGCGUCCUCUGAGACACACCGAUUCCUGCAAUUGAUUGACGUGGCGUUGCGACUUGACUAUUGUCCAGUAUGUCAAACCUGCGUUGCGUCACAAUGACAAAGACAGUACAUCCGUUUGAAAAUUUCCUGGCGCUCCAACCAGGAAACUUCUAUGCGACGAAUUUCUGGAACGCGUCGGAGUGCACAUCCAACUGACCAGCGAUGAUUUGUUGUUUACGGCGGUAGAAUCUGUAUGUAUGUUUGCGACGAUAAUUUUUAUAUGUAUGAUAUACGCUGAGGAGGACCCCAAAGAAGGGUCGAAACGUUCGUUC